UCUCUGUGCACCAAAGAAGUCACAAAGCGGUGUUGCCAGCUUCUCGUGUUCUGUGGCCUGUUUUGAGUAUCUGACUAUUGGGAUGUGUGGUUCUCACUGAAACGAAGAAGUGUUUACUUCAUAGAAGGCCAGCAGAAAAGAUUAAACUAAUAAGCCUGAGAUGAUAAAACUAAUUCCAAAGGGCUGGGAGAGUUGUCUAACCAUAAAACACACUGGAGCAGCGAGUCUGGUCCAGUGGUGGUGGGCAGAGUCCAGUCAGGCAGAGUGUGGCCAUAUGGCUGCUCUCUGGAGGCAGAUGGUGUCUGAUGAAAGUAACUAACACAACAGAGGGAGAUUUCCAGGAGCCUCAUACAUGUCAUGACCUCCACUGCCCCACUGAGGAGAUGCAGAGCAGCUGUGGAAAGGACACGGUGCUCCAGGAUCAACACAUCCAGAAUCCUGGGAGUCUCAGUCAGGUUCAGGAGCAACAGUGUCUUCACUCUGAUCUGGAUCAGGUUGAUGUUCAAGACAAAGAAAGUAUGUUACAGAUGAAGUAGGAAACUGCCCCUCACAGCCCCCUCAGGACCAGCUUCACUUACUAGGCCAGAGUCCAGCAGGAGACCAAAACCUUCUGUUUGUAGUCGACUGGGACCAGUUGGUUCAUAUUUCAGACUCUGCUCUGGUGUAUUAGAUGCAGUGUGGUGUGAUUUCCUCCCUCUGUCUACACCAAGCCUCACCUCAGGACCAGGAAUGAGCCAAGCAUCAGGGACACCCUGGAUCAGACCAGGACCAGGACCCGGUGCCGCUGCAGCCAGCCAGGAUGAAGGUGGGGAACCAGGUGGCAGCGUCCCAGCACCGGUGAUCACUCAGGCAGAAGAGUGUCAGUGGCAAGCACUAGGAGCACUGGUCUGGCCACCAGUGGGUCCAGUAGGACCAUUGAAGUCCCAGAGACCUGCUGACCUGGUGGUCCCUGCAGCUGUACAUGUGUUCAGGUCCCAGUCUGAGCUCCAGCAGUGACGGAGGAGAUGUGGCCUAUGCUGACCUCCUGUCUCUGGCCAGUGAGGACACCAUCUCCAGGAGGGAUGCAGAAGUAUCAGGGGACAGCAGCGGGCUAAAUGAGGGAGUGGCCGGGCACCUGAAGCUGAAAUCAGCUCAUCACAAACCAACUGAUGUGCAGCAACACAUUCUGAACUCAAGCCAUAACAGGAGGAGGGCAGUAGAAACCAGGCUGACGUUCCGCCUUUGUUUCUUUUUCCGCCUUCGCCUGACAACCUCGUGUGAUGUAAAACCUGCCAUAGACAAAGGGGCUUUUCAGGAAGACAAACAUCAGUUGUCCAGAAGCUGGAACAAACCCCUGAGAGGAUGUGAGACUUUAGUUCACCAGCACUGGAGCUAUAACCUCAUGAUCAGCAGCCCCACUUCAUCCAGCUUCCACUCACUUCCGAUCCACUCACCUCUCCUGGCUGUGAGGUCCAUCUUCGCUUUGUAUUGCACCUGCUUGGAAUCUUAUCACACCACUAAAUGGCCUUUAUCAGUUGUGAGAGAUGGACUGCCAUCAUUACCUACGGAGGAAGAGGAGGAUGAACGGUUCAGCUCCUCAGACGUGUUAACCAGCUGCCACCUAGUGUCACUUCUGGGACUUACAGAUAUACACCAACGAUCCGAUUCAGCCCACUGUGGUUCCCAACAUGAGGGUCAGGAGCAAAUUCUGGAGUCGCUCGGGAAACCCGACAGGGGUGGGAUUAGUUAUAAGGACAGAAAAGCAGAAACAAAUACUCUACCAUGCACAGUUAAGUUUCUCUUUCAGGUUUGCUUCUAGUAACCUCAUCUUCUAUAAGUCUACUAGAUAAUUUGACCUCUGGCCUCUAAAAGUAUUUAAAUAAAACUAUCUGAGAAGGAGAAACCUUCCUUUGUUGAAGUGGUCACAACAUGUAAAUGUGCACUGUUGCAGUUUAACAUGGUUUCAUUUUACGGGCUCACUGGCCAGUGAGGCUGCCUUAAAGAAAUACUGUUGUCAAGGGUAUGAAAUGAUUCAGACUGUCCUCUAACAAGGACCUUAAAACAGCAUUUAGAAAGAACAAGAAUGAUUUGAGAAGGGUGGCACAGCAACAUUUUAUAAAUGUUGAAACUAGUGAAGGAUUUGACCUCCACUCACAUUUGUUGUUAAAUGAACUGGGUUACUGAGGAAAGCCCCUGUUUUUCAUGUGAAACUCUGUGUACUGUGAUGUAAUCAACUACAGACUGUUCCAGACGAAGAGAGACACAACUAUCAACUGUAGGAUAAGCGUGCGUCUCAGUAUGAUUAGCAUCUAAGUCUUGUUAUCAUGGUGCGCCUGUUUACAGUAUAUUAUGUUGUAUGAACCUACCUCACUCAGACAACUCUGGAUGUUCAUGCUGACUUGUCUCCUUGCUGCAAGUAAACUAAUUAUUUACAAAGAUUCCAG